UUUUUGUUUGUUUGUUUGGCUUGUGCGUUGAUCGUUUAUUUUUCGUCUCCUCGGCUUUGACGACACUUUUUUCCCCCCACACCAAAAAAGCGUCAAAUGUCAAACAAGUCCGAAGGGGUGGAAAACCUCGCGUUCGAGGUCCUCGGCAAGCUCAAGAACUGCGGUCCUCAAUGGGAAACUUUUGUCAAAGCCACGACGCGCUACCAUGACUCGAUCAAGGAAUCGACAAAGGCUUCAAUGCAAUUCUUGGAGGCGUUCGCAGUCGUCGCACAACUCGCGUCCUCAGCCAGGGGCGCCACGGGCGAUCUCGGCGUUGGCUUGCAUCAGAUCAGCGAAGUGCACCGCGAGAUUGAGUCAAGGCGCGAUGCGAUCGCCAACACGCUCAUGAGCGAGUUGAUCAUCCCGCUGAAGGAGAAGAUUGACUCGGACAAGAAACAGGUGACCAAGCUCGAGUCGCACUUCACCUCCCAGCUCCGAGACUUGCGUAACAACAUCAAGAACGCCGAAAAGGAGUCUGAGAAGGUUUCCAAAGCCGCCAAAAAGACGGCUGGAGGUGGCUCGACUCUGCAACAGUCCCUGCAAAUGAUCACUGAGCGCACCAAGGAAAUGGACGUGGCUCGCCAAGACAUUCUGCGGCAGGUUUUGGUCGAAGAGCGCAAGCGCUAUUGCUUCUUGCUCAUGCACUACGCCUCUGUCAUCAAGUCCGAGGUUGACACGUAUCGCUUUUCUGCGGAUUCGCUGCAAAACAACCUUGCGGAAUGGUACAAGCUGGCCGUGUCGCCUGACGAGUUGCCAGAAACCAGCGAAGCCCUUGUUCGCUUUGAAGAACGCACGUUCGUUCCUUUGGCUGCAGAUGGAUCAGGACCGGUGCAGAAGCCGUACGACCCCAUUUAUGACUCGGAUUUCAACUUGGGUAUUCAGCGAAAUCCACGCACACCGGCUCCUCCGCCGAACGCAGGGGGCGGUGGUGGUGGUCCCCCGCCUCCGCCUCCGCCGCCUGGCAUGGGCGGUCCUCCUCCUCCUCCUCCUAUGCAGCAGCAACAACAGCAGCUCAGUCGCCAGUCCAGCGCUUCUAUGGGGGGCGGCCCACCACCGCCGCCGAUGAUGCCUGGCAUGGGUGGUCCGCCGCCUCCUCCGAUGCAGCAGCAGCAACAGCCCCAGCGCCAGUCAAGUGGCCCACCUGGGCCGCCAAGCGCCCAAGUCGCACGCACUCCGAGCAUGCAGCAGCCCAUGCCUCCGGGUGGACUGCGCGGUUCGCAACAAAAUAUCGCGCCACCCACAAUGGCCAUCCCGCCGCCACCUGUGCGAGGCGAGCCCAUGGUCCCUGCCGCCCCUGCCGCCCCUGCCGCUCCGCGAGCGCCCGCCGUCCAAACUCCGCCGGCGAUUGUUCAGCCCCCGCCGCCUCCUACUCCGCCGGCUGGUCGCCUGAUGGUUGCCGUGUUCAAAUACGUGGCAGAUGGCGACGACAAGCUUGGUCUCACUGAGAAUGACGAAAUUACUGUCGAAGGAGAAGAAGAGGACGGCUGGAUGUUUGGAACGCUCGUCAAGUCGGGCCAGAAGGGCUGGUUCCCUGCUGCCUAUGCUGUGCGUAAGGCGAGCGGUGGCCCUCCACCUCCAACAGCGACUGCUACUCUUCGUGCGCCAAGCGUCGCUGCAGUGCCUCCGCCGCCUGCGCGCGAGGAGGAAGAGGACCGUCCGCUGCCCGCUGCACCACGGCCCGCGUCCGCCACCGGCACUCUUUCCCGCAACUCGGUCGCUCCGCCUGCCAUGGCCAAGCCUAUGGCACCCCCGGCCACCAUGCCGAAGGCCGCUUCGACUCCCCCGCCUCCUGCCGCGCCAAAGAUGCCCCCAAUUGCCAUGAAGGCUCCUUCAGCUGCUGCCGCUGCUCCACCAGCCGGCGGCGGCAUGCCGACGCCACCCAAAAUGCCCCAGAUGGGCACGAUUCGCGGGUCGGUCGCAGGGCCACCGGCCCCGCCAAUGCCUCCAAUGGGAGGCGGUGGCAUUCCGCCGCCGCCGCCAAUGAUGGGCGGAGGCCCACCCAUGCCUCCACCUGCCCCCAAAGCUCCUCCUGCAGGCAAAGCAGGCAAAAGCGGCGGCGGCGGUGGCGGCGGCGGCGGCAGUGGCGAGCGUGGCGCUCUUCUCGGCUCCAUUCAAGCAGGCACCAAAUUGAAGAAGACCGUGACGAACGACCGCUCGGCAGCACCCGGUGUGGGCCGAGUCGUCUAAUUUGUGCAUAUUCCUGUCUCGCUGCGGGCCGCGAGAAACCCUCAAAGUUACCCCUUUUUUUUUGCAUCAUUGUUAUUUCUCUGUUCCUCUGUACCUGAGAUCUUUCUCUUGUGCGUGAUUUGUUGUCUCUGUGUGCGCUGCUACUUUUGCCAGCGUUCCCUUUUUGUGGCGUGCGUUGUUUCACUUUUUGUGUGUGUGUGUGUUUGCGUGAGUCUUCAGCGCCGCCGUUGUUCUGGUUGUUUGCUUGUUUGACACAUUGAAUUCUUUUGGGAUCA